AAAGGUCAAGGGGUAACGACUACUCAGGGUGCUCCAGGGCGAGGGGCGUCAAAGCUGCCUAUCUCGGGACAGGCCGUGCGAGUACAGUACCUAGGUACUUAAGUACGCAACCCCCAACCUAGGCCGCCGCCUUGUCAGUCUGGAUUCAUGAGGCUGCCGACAGCCUGGUUGGUUUCUUAUGCUCGGCUUCCUUCAUCGAUAUCGCAACAAGUGACGUCCGAUGGUUUGCCUGUGACUUUUGUUGCAGCCAGAGGCAGGCAGAGCAGUGGACGGGCUAACCAACAUCUUCAAGCACAGACGCUAAGGUGCUCAACCUCCAAGGCUAUUAUGCGCCUUGAGCUCAGCUACUCCUCCCCACCGAUCUUCUUCAAACCACCCAUCGGGAGCUCACCUUUUUGAGGACUUCGCCUCAGCACCUCGCCGCCAACCGCAACAACCCCUACCACCUGGCAGUCGAUUUUUCUUUCUCACUAUUCUCUACUGGAAUUUUCAUGCAGAUUGUUAAAUCAGCCAAUCAAUUGCUUGCUCUUUCCUGGCGACGAUAAUCCUUCGGCGGAAACCACUCUUGGUCAAAUAUCGACUUGGUCUAAUUGCAAGAUGGCUGCAACACUGCAAUCAGGCCAGGGGCAGGGCCAUCUGGCCGACAAGCUUGACAAGCAGUUGAAAGAGAUUUUUGUGCAGUUGGGCAGGAUCUUUCAAGCCCGUGCUCAAUAUCCAGAGCGUUUGGCGCAGAUUCAACUCAACGCCGAGAAGAAGAUGGCAGAAGCCACCAAUGGCUUCCAUUCAACCCUUGAUGAGAUGGAAAUCGACAUUAGACGUGCCAAAGCAGUCCUCAUGAGGGACCUACAGAAGUUGCAGGAUCAACAGAAGGCUGCUGCUCCCGAACCUGCCCAGCCACCAGCACCCAUGGUCAUCGAUCUUGAUCCUCCAAAGGUCGAGCAGGCUUCCGUCCCGGUUGCGCCUAUGAUGGCCUCGGUAUCACCAUUCAUGCAGAAUCGGCCAACGCCCAAGAUGCCAGAGGCCAAGCCAGUUGCCCCCUUCCCCGACAUGGGCAUGGGCAUGGCCACUCCUGCACAGGCCACCACUGCCGUGCCUUUCCAUCCUGUCAAACCCACCACUGAGCCUAAGCGUCCGUCACCAAAGCCUGCUCAUAAACCAGGCCCACCUCCUGCUCGCCCUGCGACCAAGCCGUCCCCGCUGGUCACACAGAAGCAGAAAGUUCCUGCCACAGUCCCACCGGCCGCGCCUGCUGUGGCCCCACCUCCUGUCCCAGCUCAGCAGCCAGCUCCCAACCCACCGUCUGCUCACAAUCCCUUCACCAAUGCUACAUUCACCCUUGACCCGGGCAAUAAUGAGGCCCCGAUGGAGCCAGCUGCCCAGGACACCACUAUGGACUUGACGAGCUUCGAUAACACGGCUAGUGGCCUGGACACCCUUGGCUUAGGAGGAUCCGGCUCCAUUGUGAGUACUGACUCGAUCAGCAACAAUAACAACAACGGCAGCAGCAACAGCAACAACAAUCAUAACAACAACACUGGCGGCAACGACACCAGCAUGGAUGACCUGGACCGUUUCUUUGACCUGGGCGGAGAGUCCAACACAAACUUUGACGACAACUUCAACAGCAUCAACAGCAUGAACAGUAUGAACAGCAUGAAUGAAUUCAUGAACGAUGAUUUCGCCUUCGACACGUUCGAGUAAGGACUCCGAGGUGGGGGUUGGAUGCGAACGAGCAAUACAAACCAGUCGAUAUCGUUGCUCAACCUAAUAUCCCAAUAAACCGAACCAAUCAAACGUGCGAUAGAUCAGGUUGAUUUCAAUCUUUCAUGUCGAGACCACGGCCACGAUUCCAGCCCUCUUGCUCGCCAUGAGACCCCGUUUCCUCGCUUCAUUGUUGACCCUUGCCUUGUCCCUUACCUGAGUGACGAAUUGAGAGUGCACGCGAGCAAGACAACGGUCAUAGUUAUAGGUGACAUCUGCACAGCCAUCUCUACCAAUGACAGGGUAGCGUUCUCCACAUUGAUGCUGUGAUGUAUUACACGUCGUCAAAAAGGACCAGAUUGGCAUGCUAAUCCCAUCGCUGGCGACCUAGCCGUCAUUCUCAAGGACCCUGGCUGACGUUCCACAUCUGGCCCAACAUGCCAGGGAACUUUGCGUUACGCCACGUCGUCCACUCCUUGUCCAGCAAACCCCAUGUCUCUUCAUAAUCCGUCUGCCCGUUGCGGGCAUAGUACGACCCCUGAAGUGCCCACACGGCCCAGUCGGCGUCGUUGCCGGCCAUGUAGCCAGUCAGGCACGACAGAUAGCUUUGGUCCGCAUCGCUAAGCCCGUCGUUGGGGCCCCCGCUCAUGCCUACGCCAAACUCGCUCAAGAUCAGAGGCGCAGUGUAUUCCUUGCCCUGCUUGAGGAGGAACCCGUCAAAGGUGCCCCAUGCCGCCUUACGGAGGGAGCACAGCCCGAAGUUGACGUGGAACGUCACGGUGAAUUCGUACGCGUGGAACUCCCACACGUGCUUGCCGCUCCAGGCUGAGAAGUCGAGGCUGUCCUUUUUGUUGUGGGCCAAAUCGGUUGCGGAGUUAACGCCCCCGAUUAUGACCAGCGCGUCCGGGUUCGCCGAGUGCACCGCCUCUGCACCCUUCUUCAUGAGGGUGUACCAGUCCCCGAGCCCAACAAUCUGAACAAUGCCCUGCCUGACCUCGUUUCGAAGCGACAAACCCACCACACCCUUGCGGGAGGCGCUCCACGUCGCGACGGCCUGGAGGCCUUGAAGCCACUGAGCGGUGUUGAAGAACCGCGAGAUUUGGUCGUUCGCGCCCUCCGCCUCAUCCCACCAGCCGUUUCCGUCCGUCAGGUUGCAGCACCAGCCGGCUCUAGACAGGUGGUUAUCCAGUACUGCGGGAUCAUUGGUCAGCCAUCUGUGGAUCAAAGCUAUGGUCUAUGCAAAACCGGGGAAGGGUGUCCGAGAUCACCAUCUGCCCGUAGUCCGUCUCAAAUCUCGCAGCCCGGCCGAAGAAUUCGGUAGGCAGGCUACGUUUGCGGCAGACGGCCCUCCUCAAAGACGCAGAGAGAACCACAUACUGGUCAUGAUGCCCCUGUCCCACAGCUGAUCGAUCACCUCCCCAAAGACGUCCUGGGUGGUCGCGUUCUGCAGGGAUGGGUUCUUCUCUAUGGCCUGCGAGUAAAGGCCUAACAUGGACUCAGUCGACACUUGCGCGGCGGGCGCGGCAUCUCUGAAGGAGUCUGCGACGGGCUUCGUGGGGUUCAGCGCCCAAUCGGUCGAGUAUGUCAGACGGACACAGUUGAAUCCCUGGCCUGCGAUCCAGUCGGCGAGGUAGCUGAUGGACUGUUUGUGAAGGCCCUCGGGGACGUUUGUCUCCAUGUGGCCUGCCCAGUUCACACAGCGGAGCUUUACCCGUUCUCCGCCGGAGUCGACAAUCCAGCGGCUGGUUGUCGAGAGGGGAACAUUUGGGGCGGCAAAGGCAGAGUUGGCGAGGGCCAGGAGCGCCAGUAGAAGAGGUAGGAGGAAGCCCAUGACUGGCUUGCGGCCUGUUGGUAUACUUGUGUCUGGCAAGGAAAACGAUCUUAUUGAAUGGUGCUGGCCUUGUUCAAGGUAUGGGAAUUCGGGCUGAGAAAAGAAAUGUAUUGGGAGGUGGUGCGGUCGGUUCGUAUGGUGUUUAGACUAUUCACUUACAGUGAGCUAGGAAGGCACUUUCAUGUCCGCUCGAAAGACCCAAAAAUCCAUAUGUACACGGCCAAUUAGACAAUGUCAAAAUAGUGUUGUAUGUAUAGCCUGCGAGGCAAGACGAGCGGCGGGCAGGCAGGCAGGCAAGCAGCAAGCAACAAGUUAUUAGCUCGCAAAACGAGCAGGAGAGUAGUCAGUGGCAGCUCGCAGACCGCAGAUCGACAGCAUCGCGGGAUCACGACUGUGAAAUAAUGGAAAAGUAAGGAGUCUGUCUCUCCCUCUACAGAGAGGAUUUAUUCGUUGGCCAGCCACUCGAACCCCAGCUGAGCAGUGCGCCUGCACCUUUCCCAAGAGGAGACCACCUGCCAGCUAGACGUGUCCGCCGCCAGGGCCAUCGUGACCGACAUACAUGAUUCGGCAGCGGAGCGCAGCAGUACCUUGGAACUCAUCACCUUUCCCCCACCCCCAGGUGGGAGACGAGCCAAGCGGGAGGUGGCGGCGGCGACUCGCCUAUCAGCAAGCUACACCGGGAUAUGAUGGAUGGGAGGGGAGGGAGGGAGGACGCUGGUUAUGGGGAACCAAACGUCGGGCCCGCAUGAAUGCCAGGGGUGGACGAAUGGACGAAUGGACGAAUAGACGAAUAGACGAAUGGGACAUGGUGAUGGGUGGUGGGUGACGGCAGGAAGUGCCCGAGUGGGCAUCUGCAUCCAUUUUCCUUGCAUGACAUCGCGGCAUUCGUCUGAUCUACCGCACGCGGGGCCGUCCUCGAGGUCUGAUGUUGCAUCUCAUUGGGGCUCAUGUGAAAUGGGCAGAAGUGGCAGUAAUGGGCGGAAAUGGG